CAAUAUAAUUCAAGAUUAACGACCAUUGUGUUUGACAUAAAAUAAUUUUUUAACAUUUCAAUAAUUUUUUCUUAUUUGGCGUUGUAUAUUUUUUUUCGAUACUUUUGCCCUUAUUUUGUUUGAAGAUACAAAUAAUUUUAACAAUAAUGACAAGCUAUAUAAAUCAACGCUUUCCCUAUUUAGCAAUUAUAUUAGUUUGUUUUUUCUUGCAUAUUAGGCAGACCAAAGUUAAUGCGAACGUUUCCUUUUCAGAUCCUUAUCAUGGUCUCUCAAACGAAGAGAUAUAUAUAAGUAAAAUUUUUGGAGAAGAUAAAAUUUAUACUAUAGACGGAAUUCAAGAUUUAAAUUUAAAUUUGAACGGAUCAGAAAAUAAAAAUAGGGAUUAUAUUCCUCGUAUUUCUUUAAAAAAUAAUAUUUCUUUGUUACAGGAGAAAAUCCUAAUGAGUAAAGAAAAAUUACAGAGUUCGAUACCCCGUUUCGCAUUAAAUGGCACUUUAAGAAAUUCUUCAGAAAAUUCCUUCAUACUAAAUAAUACAAAUUUAGUUUAUCCAAAAAGUACAAGAAAGUUACUGGCUUUAAAUCCAGUGAAUCCAAAUUUCUCUAUGAAAUUUUACGUUCCAAAAACUCAUGAAAAUGAAGAGAAAUCUGUCAAUGAUACAAACAACUAUGUCAUUAAUACAAAAAACUUAUUAAUGUUAUCUUCCGAAGAUGAAACUAUUCGUUUGAUAAAUUGUAGUUUAUUGUAUCCAUAUUAUGAUGAACUCAAUCGUAGGGCUUCUCUUGAACAUAAUGGAAACAGUGAUAAAAACAACACAAAACUUGACUAUUUGAAUUCCACUUUUUUACGGUUACGUAAUUAUGGUUCGAAAUUUAGAGCGUUACGACAACAAAUUAAUGAAACGACAAACUCCACCAAUUUUCUGACACUUGAUACAAAUCGUCAAAAUAGUAUUUUAAAUAUGUUUCCUAAACAUGUGAGGCAUCAACAGUUCAACUCAACACCUCGAUUUCAUAAACUUUUUUUGUUGGAUAAUAUAACAAAACCGAAUUUGUUUAAUUCAACUGGAAUCCGAUUACUGCCGUCCUAUUCAGCAAACAUUACAGUCAUUGAAAGAAAAAUUGACUUACCACACCCGAAUAUUUCAAAGCAUUUAUCCAAAUUAAAUGAAUUUGGUGAUGAGCGUUUGGAAAACAGGAAAAAAAUUAUGUCAAAAUAUAUACAGAAACUGAAUACUACAAAGCAAGCUUUAAAAGAAAAGAUGUCAUUAAUCAAAGAAAAAGAACGUCAAAUAACUGCAGUAAAGCGUACACCUUUUCGUAAUUUAAAUCGACCACCCUUUCUAGAUACAACAAUAUAUCCAAAGGUUGAAAACGCUGUGCUUCCACCACUCUCUGCUUAUUUCGAUAUGUAUAAUUCUACCAUGGAAGGACGAUCAGAAGACGACAGUGACGUUUUUGUGGGAAUUUCGAAAAUGGAUGAGUUUCCAGAAAGUAGUCUAAAUCCAAAAAUUUAUUUUUAUGGGAUGGAAGUACAGAACGCUAUAAAAUUGAUUCAAAAGACAAGUGAAUUAGCAACGCAGUGCCGGUUUAUGGGACUUUUGCACUACCUUAUGCUUACAGGAAAAAUCUAUCAACCCGAUGAGAACUUAAAGGGCGAAGAUCCUAUAAACUGUUUCAAUUUUUGCUCUUUGAAUCACUUAAGUGACGUCCUUGAUAGUUCUGUGACGUUAAGUAAAUCAGCUGAAAUUUUACAAAAAAAGAUACAUACCUUGAAUGAAACGAGUAUAGAAUUAACGGGUGAAUCACUGGAAAACGAAAAGAAAUUAGCAGCAUUAUCAAUAAAAGAGGCUGAACAUUCACGGGUUUCAUUAAACCAAGUAUUAGCGGAGUUAGAAGCUUUUCAAAUUAUUUUAACUAAGGGUAAAUCAACAACCUAUUUUAAUUUAGUCAAUAAUUUAAAAAGUCUUUAUUUUAAUCAACCGUUGAAAAACAAAGAAGAAGAAUUCACAACAAGUAUAGAGGGUAUACAAAAGUUUAUUGAACGUCUUUCCUUAUAUUGGAGUUUUUCUGACGAAACCUUAGAAAAAGUGAAAAAUAUUAGAAUGCGUUGUAACGAGAUUAUCAAUAUGAUGGGUCUAAACUCUUUAGAAAAAAAUGAUAAGGAAUUUGACACGAAGAUUUUUGAUUUGAUUAAUAUUUUAGAAAACAUUCGUCUAAAACUUUCUCCUUUAUUGAACUACGCUUCAACUUUGAAUUCCGAAAAAAAAGAUACAGACAAAGUAUAUAUUUUAACUUUUGCGCCCAAUGAUGUAUUUGAAAGCUUAGCAGAAGUUUCCACAACAAAUCCUUUAAAAAAUACAAAAGAAUCUCAGGAUAAAAAAGUUGAACAAUUGAUUUCUAAAUUCCAAAUGGAAUCCACAAACAAUAUAAAUGAAAUUGGCUUUAAUCUUUUAAAACGUCUUCGACAGAAUUCUUUGAUUAGUUUUGAGCAAUUAUCCAGUUUAAAAGCAAAGUUUGCAAAAAUUAAAGACAGUGUUCCAGACGAUAUGCAUCAAAAGAAAUCUUUAGUUUUAUUGCCAGCAAUCCUUCAUCAUGCUUUACGUAUGCAAGGUUAUGAAGCUGAAAGGAUUCAUUCGUUGCUGAAUAAAUUUAAAAUGUCUAGAGUGAGAUCAACUGAAAAUGAGCCAAAUUCAGAUGGAAACGCCCUAACAGUUCGAGACGUCUUAGCCAAUUUAAAAUCUGCCAUUUUCCAAACUCCUCGUAAAUUUUAUACCACGGAAAGGAAGGAAAGAUAUCUUAAAAGUUUACUAGAUAACAAAAUUUCCAAUGUUAAAAGUUGGGUUAUGAAAAUUAGACAAAACGAAUUCAAGAGCUCAACAGGGCUACAAGCUUCGGAAACAAUAGAUGAAAAAUCAUAUGAAAACAAUGAUACCGAUAAUUCAAAAAAAGAAACAAGAAGCUUGCAAAAAUUAAUACCUAGCACAUCCAAGUUACCUUCAAAAAUUCAUGUUUUACACGUGAAAAAAUCAAACGCCGAUGAUCUGCUUGAAAAACUAAAAGAAAAUACGAAAACUUUAAGUUUACCAGCUUUACAAAAAGUUAACACGAAUUGCUCCAGACCCCUCAAUCAAUCAAAUGGAUUUUCAUAAGUUCAUUUGAAAAAAAAUUAAAUACAACAAACGAAAAAUGGACAGAAAAAGGAAUAAUAAUAUAGUGCAAAAUACCCUUUGUUAUCAAGUUUGUAAAUAUCUUGGUACCUUUAAAAAUAUGAUUCUUCUUGUUGUAGUAGCAGUCUCUUUCUAGUUUUUUUUUUUCGUGAAUCGAACAACAAUAUUUAUUAACUAAAGAAUCAAUGACAUCCUAGUUUUGUUUUUUCUUUAAAAUGUGCAUAAUUUUUUUUAAUUUUCAGUUGAACUAAAUAAUGUUAAACAAGUUUAAUAAAAUAACUUUAUAAAUUAAUCGAAAA